AGAAAGAAAGAAAGAAAAAAAAAUCACCAGCGGUCUCCGGUCUCCUAGGAGACGGAGUCUGACAUCACUCGGGCACUGCGCAUGCCCUUCGCCUCCCUGGCGCUGGCGGGCGCAGUGCGCAUGCUCGCGCCCGGGUCAGCGGGUCAGCGCGUUUGACUGGCUGCGAGGCGUCGGCCGCUCGCGGUCAAUGGCGCGGGUGGCGGGAAAGUUGAGUGCCCGGUUCGCCCAGGCUUCGGGGCGAUGUGCAGUGACUUCCGCAGGGCCGAGUCUGGGACGCAGCUUCUUGCCCGACUUGAAGGUAGAAGUUCCUUGAAAGAAAUAGAACCAUGUCUGUUUGCUGAUGAAGAUUCAUCUGUACUUGGUGAUAUUCUUGAAUUUCAUGGUCCAGAGGGAACAGGAAAAACCGAAAUGCUUUAUCAUUUAACAGCACGAUGUAUACUUCCAAAAUCCGAAGGGGGACUGGAAGUAGAAGUCUUAUUUAUUGACACAGAUUACCGCUUUGAUAUGCUCCGGCUGGUUACAAUUCUCGAGCAUAGACUCUCCCAGAGUUGUGAAGAAAUGGUCAAACAGUGCCUGGGAAGGUUGUUUUUGGUGAGCUGCGUUAACAGCACCCAGCUGCUCCUCACGCUGUACUCGCUAGAAACCAUGGUUUGUAGCCACCCUUCUCUCUGCCUUUUGAUCUUGGAUAGCCUGUCCGCCUUUUACUGGAUAGACCGCGCCAAUGGAGGAGACAGUGUUAACUUGCAGGAGUGCACCCUGAAGAAAUGCGCUCAGUUCUUAGAGAAACUCGUGAGUGAGUAUCGCUUAGUUCUUUUUGCAACAACACAAAGUCUAAUGCAGAAAACCUCACACUGGACAGAAGGGCCUCCGCCUGCCUUUAACCAUCCAGGUGAGGCAGAUGUGGACUACAGACCCUAUCUCUGUAAGGCAUGGCAACGAGUAGUGAAGCAUAGGAUAUUUUUCUCCAAACAGGAGGAUUUUAAAACCAGCAACCAGUUUUCUUUAGUUUCACGUCAUUUAAAAAGUAACAGUUCAAAAAAGCACAUUUUUAUUAUUGGAGAAAGUGGCAUUGAGUUUUGUUGAUAUGUGUCAUACAGUAGUGUUUUUCAGGAUAUCAUGCAAAAUCUAAAAAGUCUUUAAUGGGCUAAAAUGACUCAGUAAUAAAGUUUUAAACUCUGAGAGAAUUGAUUUAAAUGUUUCUACACAGAAUGGAUUUUUUUUCCCCCCAGAAUGGAUUUCUUAAACUAGUACAGGAAAACUUUAUUCUGUUCUUGGGAUGUUGAAGAUAAAUCAAAGUGCUGAUAAUAAUUAAACUGUAUAUUGAACUUGUUUUAAGACUAAGUAAUCUACACAUUGCGGCCUGAAUAAAAUGAACUUUUUUCUAA